CUCUAGCCCCGCCCACCGCCUGCCACGCUCCGGGGGUGGAGUGCCGGGUCAGCCCCGCGGUAGCAGAGCGCUGGUUUGACCUCCUCGCUUGCCGUACGAACUCGCCGCUGGGGGACAGGACAGGAGGAGGGGUCACUAAAAUGGCGGCUAAGAGGGCAACGCUAGCAGCUAUCCCGGCUGGUCUGGCAUUUGUGUCUAUUAAUAUAUAUGCUGCGACAGAAGAAGAGUCAAAACCCCAGUCAGUGAAGCCAAAUCAGCUUCCCAUUUAUUGUGUGCCGCCUCUGAAAUCAAGAUAUGUUGAAGAAGACCCUGGUCAUUUGCAGGCGGGAUUUUCUACAUUAAGAAAGACAACUAGUCAUUAUGUUGAGUGGUGCAAGGAUGCCUAUGUCUUUGUUAAAAAUGGGAUAAUGGAUUCAAUACAGUUUGGAAAAGAUACAUAUGUUUAUCUGAAGAAUCCGCCUCCAGAAUUUCUUCCAAAAGUUACCGUACUUACAAUUUCAGGUCUAGCUGGCUUAGUUCUUGCAAAAGGUUCUAGAAUUAAGAAAAUUGCUUACCCGCUGGGACUUACCACAUUAGCAGUAUCCGUUUGUUACCCAGCUCAGUCAGUAGUAGUUGCUAAGAUAACAGGGAAAAAAGUAUAUGCUGCAAGCCAUCAAACCUAUGAAGCAAUAGGAUCACUAUGGACAAAAAACUCCUCUAUGAAAGAAGUGCUACUCACACAGAAAGAAGAUACCAAGGCUGGUUCACAUCUGCAACAAGUUCCGGAACCAGUUGUGGGAGAGGAUAAAAGUGCAGAGAUUAAAAAAACAACACCUGAAUCUGAGGUUAAGUCAAAACCACUUGCUGUAACAGAUUCUCCGGUAAUGAAGAUUCAGAGUUCAAAAGAUCUGGUGCCUUUGCCCACAGAAAUAAAAGUGCCAAAUGUCAUUUCAGAUGUAGCGAAGACAACAAAAUUUAAGCUUGACCCCAGGCUUAUGGACCAUGGUCAGUCCAGCCCAGAGGAUGUGGAUAUGUACAGUACUAGAAGCUAAGGCACCAAUUUACAAAUAUUGUGAAGUACUAACAAUAGCAAAGAAAAA